AGAUUCUGCUUUGAGAGAUUAAGCUCUCAAAUACAAAAUGUUUCAAAGUUUAUUCUUAUACUUCAUCUGUCUCACAUUGGGGUGGAAUAAAUGAUCGACUGACCAAAGGAUACUGUUAAUGACCAACGAGAAAAAAUGCAGUGUCACAAACUAAAAGUUCUUUUGUACGUCACAUUCGUACUUUGUGAUUUUCUUGUAUCUAGUCAAUUUUUAUUGAAUGCCGCCAACUGCUCUAUAUCGGCCCAGAAGGAUUUUCCUAAAGACAAGGAACCGUUUUUAUUGAAGAGGACGAAGAGAGGUCGCGACGAUGCCGACUUCUUCCUUCCAGAUUACGAAAACCAGGACGAUGUGUUUCGUGUGAAUAAGGGCGAGAGAAUUUAUCUAGUUUGUCCGCCAGCAAGUAAUUACGUGAGUGCGACAAAAAGGCAUAUACAAGGGGUCGACUGCAAAGGACACAACGUUCUUUCAGUGGGAAAUCAAAACUUCAAUUUUAGCCAGCUUGCCUGCCAUGCAGAGGUGAAACCAGACGUACAAAUUACCGGAACGAAAUGCGCAAGAAAUGGGGGAACCAUAAUUGAAAUUGGAUUUCAAGCAAUGGGUUGGCAUAAAACUUUAAGGAUAUGCCACAACAUUCAACUCGGACAUACAUAUUAUACCACGCACACUGUCCGAACAAAAUUGAUAAAAGGAGGAUUAUACAAAAGAAGUAAUUUUCAAAAAGCAUCCCAGCGUCUGUAUCAUGGAUACGACCCGAACAACUAUUAUAAACGAACGAAUCAAAAAGAAGUGUUUCAAAGGAUCGUAGGUAAAAAUAUCUUUGAAUACGUCAACAAACGCCAAUUUUUGGCUAGAGGCCACUUAAGCCCUGUCAAAGAUUUUCCUUUGACAACUUGGCAAAAGUUCACCUUUGUGUACAGCAACGCAGCUCCGCAGUGGAUGAGCAUUAACGGCGGAGCAUGGUUGUCUUUAGAAACGCUGGUUAGGGAAAAUAAGAAAUCUGAUUUGUACGAAGUUGCCACCGGAACACAUGGUGUGUACAAAAUCAAAAACAAACAAGGCCUUGCAGUGGGAGUGUCGCUUAACGGCGACAAGAUACCAGUUCCGGAAUAUUUUUGGAAAAUAGUCCAGGACCCAGUGGACAAGUCUUGCAUCGCAUUCGUAAGUAUCAACGAUCCAUUUCUUUCAGCCCCGCCAGCACCGAUUUGCACUGAUGUCUGCGCUAGAAACAAGUGGCCUGUACGGAACCAGGACAUGUCAAAAGGCUUUGUUUACUGCUGCAGUUACGAUGAUUUUAAACGUGCUGUAGUUGAUGUACCGCAUUUCGAUUGUCAUAGUACAUUACAUUACGUUUAAUCUGGAUGAUUUUCGUCUAUUUCGUUUUCAUCUUUCAUGAUUAAUUUAUUUCAAUGUUGUCAAUAAUGAAAUAAAGACAUUUUAAUCUUUA